AUGCUUUUAUACUUGCUAAAGAAGUUCUCAUUUAUCAGUGUGUCCUCAUUCAUAUAUAUAUUUUUGAGUAAAUUCACAUGACUCACGACCCUAUCAGAUAAUGUUAAAGAAUGACAAAAGUUUCACAUUGAUGGUUAUUGAAAUGGGUGGACUCCUGAAUAAUCCUUCUUUCUUUGACCUAACUUUUGGAGCGUGAGUUAGGCCUAAAACCUAAUUUCAGAGAUAAAGUCCCCACCUCCACAUGAAGUUUCCCACAUCAAAUCAUCAUGCGAUGUAACUUCCUUUCAAAGUUGAACCACCAUUUCCUAUAAUUCCCCCCUACCUAAUUCCCUAAAAUAGCACCAAUACAACAAGUAAAUGGACUCCCAAAAUCAAUCAGCGCAAGAUGAUAAACAGGAAAACAAUGGGCUCAUUUUAGAUUUAGAUCUAAGCCUCCUCUGUAACUGGGAAUUGAAGCCUACAGAUGAUCAAAUAAUCAAAACCACUAAUCACACUUGUGAUGGUGAAACAGAGCACCAGGUUUUUUCCUGUAACUAUUGCUACAGAAAUUUUUACAGUUCACAAGCACUUGGCGGCCAUCAAAACGCACAUAAAAGGGAACGAACUACAAUGGCGAAAAGGAAGCACAGUAUGGAUUCAAUUCCUAUUAUGCAUAGGCCUCCUCCUGCCAUUCAAGCACACUCCAUGACUCAUAAGCCAAACAUUUCAUCGAACACCUUCAGGGCACCCGCAAUUCCAACCUCAUUAUACAAUACACAUUCAGCUCCUAUGUGGUCGAAAAGGCGGCGGGAUCAGUUUCCGGUGAUCGGUCGCCCUGAAAGGAACAAGUUUUCUACAGUGGUUGGUUCUCAAGAGGAUUUGAAGAAACUGGAUUUGUCUCUCAAACUCUGAGACUUUUGAAUUAAAUAUUUUAGAUUUUUCGAAAUAUGUAUGAUCUAUUUUAUUGGAGCUUAAAUAUAUUUCUUUCCUUUGAAGUUGCUAUUGAAGUGGUUAAUAUGUUAAUGCAAACAUGUAGUAAUAUUGUACAUUGAUACAUACAAUAACAUAAAUAAGCAUUCAUAUGCGAAA